AUGUCUUCUGUCCGGUCUAUUUUCCUCUUAGGCGCAACUGGUUAUGUGGGUGGUUCACUCCUUGUAACAUUGUUGAGAGAAUACCCCUCCGCGACCAUUAGUACGCUUGUACGAAACUCCCGGUCUUCUGGAGCUCUCAAAUCACUAUCGCCCGAUCGCAUCAACAUUGUUCUCGGAUCUCAUUCUGACACGUCCAUUAUCGAACCUGAGGUCGAAAAGGCCGACCUUACUAUUAAUGCGGCCAACUGUGACGACCUUGACCUUACAAAGAGCAUCAUCAAUGGGUUCAAGAAAAAAUCCCAAAGAGGUAUCUUAAUUCAUACAACUGGAUCGGCCGUUGUUCUUGCAGAAGAAGCGACGGGUCCGUUUCUGGGAAAGCUCGACGAAAGGGGACAAAAAAUAUGGGACGACACCAAAACAGAAGACUUACGUGCGAUCUCGCCAUCUGCGCUGCAUCGAUCGGUAGACCUUGCUGUACUGGGAGCACAUGAUAGUGGAAUACUGGACGCAUAUAUUAUUUGCCCUGGUCUGAUUUACGGUCCCGGAAUUGGGCCUGUAAAAUCAACUUCUAUUCAGGUCCCACUGCUCUUACAAGUGGCCCUUCGUCGCCGUCAAGCCUACUUUGCUGGGGAAGGCACAAACAUUUGGUGCAAUAUACAUAUCCAGGACCUUCUUCGAAUUUAUACGCAUGUGAUCAAGCACGCAUUCACCUCAGCAGGAUCCACAGCUAGAGUAGACUCAUACGACAACUAUUACUUUGCUGCCGGCUCGGAAGACGCAACCAAAGACGUUGCAGAGGCAAUUGCUACGGCCCUGUACGAGAAAGAACUUGUUGAUUCUCCCCAUGCACAAAGUCUCUCGCCAGAAGAUCCGGAUGGAAAGCUCCUCGCUAUGUAUCUUGGACAUACAUCCCGAGCUAUCUCUGUGCGAGCCAAGAGCCUGGGGUGGUCUCCCAAGGAGAAGAAGCUGACCGAAAGUGAAGUUAUGAGCAUAGAGGUUGACAACUUCCUUAAGACCACAGAGGCUACUUCUCAUUAA